AUGAGUCUUUCACAUAGCACAUGGCCUGUCGUAUUAACUAUAUAUAAUUAUCCACCAAGUUUAUGCUUGAAGCCAGAAAAUUGUCUGAUGUCGCUACUUAUUCCUGGACCACGAUCACCCGGAAAUGCAAUUGAUGUGUAUAUGCAGCCACUUAUUGAGGAGCUAAAAAUAUUAUGGGAUGUUGGUGUAGAAACAUAUGACAUUUCAAGAAAUCAAUCAUUUCAGAUGCGUGCAGCUCUUUUGUGGACGGUUAACGACUUCCCUGCAUAUGCUAUGUUAUCUGGUUGGAGCACUAAAGGGAAGUUUGCUUGCCCAACUUGUAAUCAUGAGACUUCUUCAACUUACUUAAAACAUAGUCGAAAGAUGUGUUAUAUGGGUCAUCGAGUCUUUUUGGAUUCAAAUCAUGUUUGGAGAUCAAAUGCAAUAUCUUUUGAUGGAAAACCAGAAUAUAGGUCUCCACCCUCCUUGUUAGAUACGGCAAGAAUUUUAAAAGACUUACAAGACAUUCCUGAUGUAUUGGACGAGAAGAAAGAAAUGAAAAAAAGGUUUGGUCCAUGGAAGAAAAAAUCCAUCUUUUGGCAAUUACCAUAUUGGAAGGAUAAUUCUCUACGCCAUAAUUUAGAUGUAAUGCACAUUGAGAAGAACAUUUGUGAUAAUAUAAUCGGGACUCUCUUGGAGAUUGAAGGGAAGAAAAAGGAUCAUGCAAAUGCUCGUUUGGACCUACAAGAUAUGGGGAUUAGAAAAAAACUACAUUUGAAGGCAACAAAUGAUGGUAAGAAAACUCAAAUCCCUAAAGCAUGUUUCUCCUUAACAAAGCAUGAGAAAUCUAUUUUUUGUGGUGUUUUUAAGGCAGUAAAACUUCCUGAUGGCCUUGCUUCUAAUAUUUCUCGUUGUGUUCAAGUUGAUGAGGGAAAAAUUCAUGGGUACAAGAGUCAUGAUGCUCAUAUUAUACUACAUUACUUGUUGCAAGUAGCAAUAAGAGGAAUUACCCCUAAUCAAGUUACCAUCCCUUUGAUUCGACUUUGUUCCUUUUUUCGGUGUUUAUGCCAAAAGGUUAUAGAGGUGAAAACUUUGGAUCACUUGGAAGUAGAGAUUGCUGAAACACUUUGUCAAUUGGAACGUAUCUUCCCUCCAAGUUUCUUUGACAUAAUGGUCCACUUACCAAUUCACCUUGCAAAUGAAGUUAGAUUGGGUGGACCGGUUCAAUUUCGAUGGAUGUAUUAUAUGGAAAGAUAUUUGGGUGAUUUAAAAACUUUUGUUCGUAAUAGGAGUCGUCCAGAGGGUUCUAUCGCUGAAGCAUAUUUGGUUAAAGAAUCACUAACAUUUUGUUCAAGAUAUUUGUCUAGUGGUGUAGAUACAAGGAUGAAUAGAACGACACGAAAUAACGAUGGCAUUCCAAGCAUAGGCCAUCCAAUUGGGGGGCAGAAACUAAUUUCUCUUGAUCAUAAGUCCCAAAACCAAGCUCAUGGUUACAUAUUAUUCAAUUGUGAUGAAGUGCAAGAAUACAUUAGAGAGCAUGAUGUUAAUGUUCAUAAUCAUCGAAAAAGAAGAAAGUCGAGUAAAGCUAAUAAUCAAAGAGAAGAUUUUAUUCAAUGGUUUGAAACACGUGUUAUGGAUGAAGAAGUAUCUGAUUGGUUGAAGGCGUUGUCUAGGGGGCCAAAUAAUGUUGCUAGAAGGUAUUCUGGUUAUGUUAUCAAUGGAUUCAGAUUUCAUACAAGAAAACGUGAAGCAAGGCUUAAAACACAAAAUAGUGGAGUGACAUUAGAAGCAGUAACUCAAGUUCUUAGAAAUGCAGACGGUGAAAAUGAUAAUGAAUUAUUUCAAGAUGACGAUGUAGGUGAUAAAUUUCAAGAUGAUGAAUUUGAAAUGUACGAUAUAGAUAAUGAAUCUGAAGAAGAUGCACUUGAAUGA